AUGCCUCGAAAAGCUCAUACAAAGUCCAGAAAUGGCUGCAUUGUAUGCAAACGACGUCAUGUCAAGUGCGAUGAAUCAUAUCCAAUAUGUUCAAAUUGCAGGGACGCAAACCGCCACUGCGAAUAUCAGGUGUCAAAAGCCGUGUUCAGACAUUCAUCGCUAAACAACUUCACUCGGACCUCAACUCCGCUUCAACAACCUUCACCUAUCUCCCCUCAAGUUAUCACUGAACAUGAUACCGAGGAUGAUUCAUACUCACCAGUUAACAUGCAUCACAUGAAUUUAUUCCACUUUCUAACUACAGAGACAUUACCCUCAUUGCACACCCAUGAACUUAUAGACAUAUCUCCGACGGACAUCCUCAAACACUGUCUACCAGUUCCCUAUCUAAUGAACGAAUUCCUCGGCUUCGCGGCCUUACACAAAAGCAUCGUGGGAGGCGAAGCACACAUGAGAGAAUCUUAUCGGUUUCAGGCAAUGAAUUUCCAAACUCACGCUUUAUCAAUAUACAAUGCUGAGCCGGCGGUUCUCAACGCAGAGACCUGUAUUGCGGCAUUUCUCUUCUCUUCCGUGCUUGGCGCGCAUCUCCUGUGCGAUACCUUGAUUUACCGUGGCGACGAUACUUUGAACAAAUUCCUGGAAAGAUUUGUACAAUAUAUUCAUAUUCAUCGCGGCAUUCGUACCGUUGUCGGCGGCCAUUGGGACGAUCUAUCCCAAUCACCGAUUGGACGCAGUUUCGUGAUUUCUCGCGCCGUGUUAGGUGACCAACCUGCAACCUUCGGACCAACCCUCACAAAACUCUUGGGUCUAAUCCAAAGCGCAAAGCUUGGCGAAUCGCUGACAAAGUCGUAUAAAUUGGCAAUUGGGAAUCUACAGUCAAUCAUGAACGUGUGUGAGGUGUCCACUUCGACCUCCAUUUCAACUCCAGCCUCCGUGUCAGCGUACGGUGCGGUUAUUGCGUGGCCAGUCAUGGUACCGAUAGAAUACGUGGAUGCACUCGGUAUGCGACGACCAGAGGCGUUAGUUAUUCUCGCAUAUUAUGCUGCUUUGCUACAUUUGUAUCAACAAUUGUGGAUGUUUGGGGAUGGGGGACGCUUCCUGAUAGAGUCUAUUUGUGAUUCUUUGGGCGUUGAAUGGGGGGAUUGGUUGGAAUGGCCGAUGAAAAUCUUGCAUGACGAUAAUAAUAGUCUUGAGUUAAUAUCAGAUUCGUGA